UCUUAAAGUUAAGCAGUUUUAAUUUUUCAUUCUUAAUUUGUGCGCGGUUUAAAAUGAUUUUCUGUCUAGGAAUUUUGCUGAUAUUCGGAGAAUUCGUAACUUGUAGUGCACUUUUCGAAGGUUGUAAUCAUAGAUAUUCACUCCAACCGGAUGCUACAGUUUACAUUGAAUCUCCCUACUAUCCUCAAAAGUAUCCUGCAGGAUCUUCAUGCAAAUACUCGUUUGUCGCUCCACUCGACUACGAAAUUUAUGCCGAGUGUUCACUUGCAAUAGAUAAGAAUCCAAACGCUUGCAGUACUGAAUACUUUUAUUUUUCUCGGGAUGGUGAUCAAAACUUGAUUGGUGCAGAACAAUUUUGUGGCAUAGGAAAUAUAACAAAAGCCACUUUAUUUACAAAACUUGUUUUUGCUUACGUGUCUGGUGAUGCAACUAAUAUUGGUAUUGGAGGCUCAUUUAGAUGUAAGUUAACGACUCGACCUCAAGCCUGCGAUUGUGGAUGGUCCCAAAACACAAGAAUAGUUGGUGGUGUGGAAACAGCAAUUGGUGAAUUUCCAUCAAUGGUAGCGCUAUAUAAUAAACCAACUAGAUCAAUUUUUUGCGGGGGAUCUAUAAUAAGUCAUCGUGUUAUUUUGACUGUAACACACUGUGUCCGGCUAUUUCCUAAUCAUACUGAUAACAUUGUUAUUGUCGGUGAUCACGACUUAUCUUCAAGCACGGAAUCCAAAUAUGCAGCCACAUACGACAUUGUUUCCUUCAUUGAACAUCCAAAUUAUAACGCAUCGAAUAAUCUUAACGAUAUAACAUUGAUUAUUACUCGUGGGAAUAUAGAAUGGUCGUCUGGAGUAGGGCCAAUAUGCUUACCGCUCGAUCAAUUGUCCAAUACGUUUGAUUACUUCAAUGUGGAUGUUGUAGGCUGGGGAACUUCUGAAUUUGCUGGCCCAAAAUCGAAUGUUCUCCAGAAGGCUCGUGUAAAUGUUGUACCAAACUCCAUUUGCAGAAAUGUAUACCGUAAUUUGCAAUCGACUCAAGUAUGUACAUUUUUUCAAAACAGGGAUGCAUGUCAAUUUGACUCAGGAGGACCAGUUGUACACAAGAAUAACUCUAGACAAUUUUUACUUGGAUCCAUCAGUUACGGAUUCCAAUGUGGAAAAACUCCAGGUGUAAAUACUAGAAUCACUUCAUAUAUACCAUGGAUAAAAAGUUAUCCUGUAGGAAGAUUGUGCCCAAAGCCAUUCAAUUAAAAAAAAGACUGGGAAGAGAAACAAAACCAUAACUUGUAAUUAAUGUUGUUUUAAAUAGUUUCACCUCAUAUUAUACUAAGCCGAAUUUCCAAAUAAAAA